AUGGCACCCAUCUUGAAGAAGUACAAGGCCGCAGCAGUGAACGCUGAGCCUGGCUGGUUCGACCUCGAGGAGUCCGUCCGCCGUACCAUCCACUGGAUUGACGAAGCCGGCAAAGCGGGCUGCAAAUUCAUCGCGUUCCCUGAACUAUGGAUCCCUGGCUACCCCUAUUGGGCCUGGAAGGUCAAUUACCAGGAAAGCCUGCCUCUGCUCAAGAAGUACAGGGAGAACAGCCUCCCCUCGGAUUCGGAGGAGAUGCGCCGCAUCCGCAACGCCGCUCGCACCAACAAGAUCUACGUCUCGCUGGGCUACUCCGAGGUCGACCUUGCAAGUAUGUACACGACGCAGGUCCUGAUCUCUCCCUCCGGCGAUAUCCUCAACCACCGCCGCAAGAUCCGGGCCACCCACGUCGAGCGCUUGGUCUUUGGCGACGGUACCGGCGACACGACCGAGUCGGUGACGCAGACGGAGAUCGGCCGCGUGGGUCACCUGAACUGCUGGGAGAACAUGAACCCGUUCAUGAAGGCGUAUGCGGCCUCGCUGGGCGAACAGGUGCAUGUCGCCGCUUGGCCGCUCUACCCGGGCAAGGAGACGCUCAAGUACCCGGAUCCGUUUACCAAUGUGGCCGAGGCGAAUGCGGACCUGGUCACGCCCGCGUAUGCCAUCGAAACGGGCACUUUCACUCUGGCCCCAUGGCAGACCAUCACCGCCGAGGGAAUCAAGCUCAACACGCCCCCGGGUAAGGAGCUGGAGGAUCCUCAUAUCUACAACGGCCAUGGUCGGAUCUUUGGUCCAGACGGACAGAAUCUCGUCGCGCAUCCGGACAAGGAUUUUCAAGGUCUUCUUUUUGUUGACAUUGAUCUGGACGAAUGCCAUCUCCCAAAGGCACUGGCUGAUUUUGGAGGUCACUACAUGCGUCCGGACUUGAUUCGUCUGCUGGUCGACACCAAUCGGAAGGACCUGGUCGUUCAUGAAGACCGUGUGAACGGGGGAGUUGCGUAUACUCGUACGGUGGACCGGGUUGGACUGUCGGCGCCUUUGGAGGCCGUGAGCCAGGAAACUGAGGAUGAGAAGUGA